UAGCGGCCGGUCCGUUUCGAAAACCUCGCGCAAGUCGCAUGCGCCCCCGCGAUCCCCGCUCUUCCCGGCCACGGCUCCACACUCCUUCCUUCCUCCUCCUCGGAACCGCCGCCACCCCACCUCCCUCGAUCCCCCACACCACUAUCCAGCCCACGCCGUCGCCGGCCGGAAUCCUCUCCUCGUCUUACCACCCCCCCGGCCAGUUCAGUACUCUAUCCAUGUGUAUAUAAGCGCAGCGACGACCGGCGAUGCGACCGAUCGAUUACUAGCUAGUGUCGCACGCAAAACCGCGCCGCCGUCGAUCGAUCGGAGGAGCCAGACAAUGGCGGGGGUCAAGGCGCAGGUGGCCCGGGAGGUGUGCGCGGCGUCGGCGGCCUUCGCGUCCUGCACGCACCAUCGACGCCGCCGCGCCACGGCGCCCUUCGUCGACUGGUACCUCGUCCUCGCCAUCGGGGAGGCCGCGUCGGAGGAGGCCAUCCGGCGCCGCUACAGGCACCUCGCGCUGCAGCUGCACCCGGACAAGAACAGGCACCCAAAGGCAGAGCUCGCCUUCAACCUCGUCUCCGAGGCGCACGCGUGCCUGACGGACAAGGCGCGCCGGCGAGCGUUCGACGCGGAGCGGGCCACGGCCUUCUGCGCCGCCUGCCUCCAAGACCGCUCCAGAACCACAAGCACCGCGCCGUCUACUCCUACUGCUACGACCAACAGCAACAAAGCCUCCACAGCGCCCUCGCCCGCACAGCAGCAGCAGCCGGCGCAGCGCUGCCCCGUCCCGAAACCCCGUUGCGGCGGCGGCGGCGGGGGGAGGAUGUCGGCGCAGGCGCUGCGGGAGGUGCAGAACCGGCUGCGGGACGAGUGGCGGGUCAUCGACGGCUGCCUGCGCGCAAACAACAGCAACAGCACCAGCGCGCGGAGGCAGUCGUUCCCGCUCUUCGACCCCUCCGACCACCGGCGGCGCAUCCCCGACUACCCGCACGCCCGGCCGUCUCCGCCGCAGCACGCCGGGUUCCCGCCGCCGUUCGAGCGUCAGGACCAGACCUUGUGCAGAGGCUUCGGCGUGGGAGGAGGUGCUGGGAUCUGCGAGUCGCCGGUGUACCAGGUCAGAACCGCGCCGGAGCGCGCCGCGAGGACGAAGCGCCCUUGGUGACAUGUGGUGCUUAGGAUCCACCGCUACCGCAGAAUUCACUUGCUUCUUUCUCUUGUGUUCUUUGUGAAAAGGAUCGCGCUCAGAUUUACAUUUGAUUCUCUU